AUGCUUCUCACCAUCCUCGCUACCUUGGUCUGCCAUGUCGCAUCCUUCUUGUUCCCCAUCUUCGCCUCGUACAAAGCCUUGAAGACGAACGAUCCCAAGCAACUCACACCCUUGUUGAUGUACUGGGUCGUUAUCGGGCUCGUCACCGUCGCCGAGUCCUGGACUUACUGGUUCAUCUUCUGGUUCCCGUUCUACCACACCAUUAAGGCACUCUUCAUGCUCUGGUUAGUUUUGCCGCAGACGCAGGGAGCAACCUACCUUUACAUUACCUACGUUCAUCCGCUCCUUCUGGAGUAUGAGGGUGAGAUUGAUAAUGGUUUGGCGACGAUGCAUGAACAGGUUAAGUCGCACGCCGGCAUAUACCUUCGGCGUGCGUUCCAACUGUUGAAAGAAGCCCUCUUAACUGCCGUCGGAGAAAAACUGGGCUCACCUCCGGGGAGUCCCACGCGCACCGAAAACCCGGGGGUCGAACAAUCCUACGGGCAAUCCCUCCUCGCCCGCUUCUCCCUCGCCCAAUCCAGGGCCGAAGGCCGCAGUCCUCCGGCACCCAUCGAAAGGAAAUUGUCUCCACUCGACGCCUUUUCACCGGUUGUGGUGCCGGACCACCUUACCAAUCCCGAGGAUAAAAAAGAAUACCUCACAACCCAGCGUGAGAAGCUCUCCGACAUGCUCAAACUCCUCGACCUCGCCGUCGAUGCCUACAAGGACGCCAAAACAGACCAUGGCCUCGCUGCUCACAGUAACGAAAAGGCGCCGUCCGAGGCGUUUGAGGAGAUAGAGAAGGCGGAUGUGGAGAUGAUCACGCCGGCCGCUGCUCAGCCCGAGCCGCAGGCUGUUCGUUCGGGGCUUCUCGGGUGGUUUUGGGGUGGCAAGGCUGGUACGCAGCAGCAGCAGCACAAGAAGACCGAGUAG